AUGCCACCUAAGCCAGAUACGGAAACACUCCAUCUGGAGGAAGGCCCGUUGCCACAGGUCCUAGAGCACAGCGACGACAGGACCAGAGAGGCACAGGGUCGCGAUUUUUCCAGCGUACCCAAGAGCUACUGGAUCAGCCCGUCCUUCAUUGGCACAUAUUCUGCGAUGGGUCUCACAUUCGCCGGGACAGUCGGGGGCUUUGCCCUGGCAGCUCCGGUCAUGUCGGAUAUCAACCAGGAUCUAGGGCCUAGUCCGAAUAUUGUUUAUGCCUCACUCAUGAAUGUUCUUCUAUCCGCCAUUACAAUCCAAAUAAUCGGCUCGUUGAGCGAUAUUUUCGGCCGUCGUUGGUUCUUCAUCAUCGGCUCCGGCCUUGCUCUAAUAGGGUCGAUCUUGGGGGCGACCGCACAGUCCGUCAAUCAAAUAAUCGUCUCACAGGCCUUCUUUGGUGUAUCCAAAGGAUUUGGUGUCUCCUUCUUCUGGGUUAUCGGGGAGCUCGUGCCGAUGCGAUGGCGCUUCGUUGCUGCAUCUGGGCAGUACCUUUACUCGUUCCCUGCAAACCCCUUGGCCGCAAAGGUGGCAUUGUCAUUCCAGACGAAUACCUCAGUACACUGGCGGGGUGCAUUCCAUCUGUUGAUUGGCAUUAACGGGCUUGCCAUGAUAUGCUGGUAUUGUUUCUACUACCCACCCACGUUCAAGAUGCUCCACCGACGGCGAAUGGCAAAGGACCUUCUGUUACAUUUUGACUGGAUUGGUCUGCUUCUAUACGCGGGCGGGCUGGUAACCCUGCUGCUCGGCUUAACUUGGGGUGGGCACACGUAUCCCUGGGACAGCUCUGAAGUUCUGGGGACUAUAAUUGGCGGUGUCGCGACACUGGUCCUAUUCGGCAUCUGGGAGGUCUAUAUCCCUCUGCCGAACGUCGAGCCAUUCAUCCCAGUCUACCUGUGGAAGAACCUCCCAUUCCAGGCAUCUGCAUGGCUGACUGGCAUCGGGUCUGCUACCUACUAUGGAUUCAGCCUUGUCUGGCCCGACGCCGUUUCCAUCCUCUAUCCUGGCAAGAGCGUCGAGGAUCGCAAUACACUGAGCUCCGUUCUGAUCCUCCUCUUUGUAUUUGGCCAGCUGUCCGGCGGCCUCAUUGGAAAGGCAAUCGGUGCGCGCCGUGGCUCCGUCCUCACAGCAUUCGCAGCGGCUCCCCUGCUUGCCGCAGCAGGAACCAACCCCUUGAACCUGGACCUCACAGUCGCGUUAGCGGCACUUGGAUGCUUUGCCAUUGGCUCAAAUGAAGGAAUUGCCCUAGUAACGUCGACGUUUCCUCUGCGUUCGCAGGACGAAAUUGGCGCAGCUGGCGGGCUUUGUGGAACUGUUCGUCAGUUCGUCGGCUCAGUGGGCACCGCAAUCUUCUCCACGGCCCUUCGCAACCGGCUGCAGUCUACGCAGCCUCAGUACAUGGAACGCGCGGCGAGCGAGGUAAACCUUCCGGCUUCGUCGAUUCCCGAUCUCAUAUCUGCAUUGCAGGGGUCUGCCACCCUGACGGGCGCCAAUGUGCCGGGAUUACAGGAGUCAAUGAUCGCUACUCUGGAAGAUGGGUGGAGGGAGGCUCACUCGGAAGCAUAUCGGACGGUUAUUUAUGUCAGCCUCAUUUUCGCCGGGAGCGCGCUUUUCCUGUGUUGGUUUGUGCCUGAUCUCGAUCAGAGCUCGGUUGACUAUGUUGCUGGCCAUAUUCAUCAGACGAGUGAGACCAGAGCACUGGAGAACGACGGCAUGGAGGAGCACGAGAGCAAGGCUGUGUAG